AUGGAACAUGCUAUUAGUAACUCUAAUGGAAAAAUUUGGCUUUUUUGGUCUAAUACGAUCACUGGUAAUAUUCAUGAAAAUAGUGAGCAACAUAUCAUAGGAGGUUUCAAGCAUUCUGAUCUUACUGAAGGGUUCAUGGUGUCCUUCAUUUAUGCUAAGUGUAAGGAACAUAUGAGAAGACCACUGUGGGACAGUCUAUUGCAGUAUGCUAGCUUGGACAUCCCUUGGUGUACCAUUGGAGACUUCAAUGUUAUCACUAAUAUAGAGGAAAAGCUUGGGGGAAUGCCCUACAACAUGAAUAAGAUCUUUGAGUUCAUCAGUGUGAUUGAAUCUUGUAGCCUAACUGAUCUAGGCUUUACAGGUAUACCUUUCACUUGGUGCAACCAAAGGACUGCACAGGCUAGAGUUUGGAAGAGGUUGGACAGGUCCAUGGUCAAUGACAAAUGGUUAGAGAUCAUGCCACAAACUACUAUUGAACAUUUAUCCUCAGUUGGCUCUGACCACAGUCCUCUGUUGAUGGAAAUGUGCUGGGAGAGGGAUGUCACAGGUAAUCCUAUGUGGCAACUUCAUCAGAAAAUGAAGAGGCUGACAUACACUCUUAGCAACUGGUCAAAGAAUGAAUAUGGAGAUAUUUAUGCCAAAGUGAAAGAAUUUGAAGAAACUAUCAAGAAGACUAAGGAGGAACUUCUUACACAUAAUACUGAAGCACUUAGACAGCAGUUACACCUCAUGAAUGUCAACUAUAUUAGAUAUUUGAAGUUGGAGGAAUCCAUUCUUAAACAAAAGGCACAACUCCAAUGGUUUAAGGAAGGGAAUGCCAACACCAAAUACUUCCAUGCUUUGAUGAGGGGUCGAAGAAGAAGACUUUUUAUACAUAAAAUCUGUACAGGGAAUGAUGUGUGGGUUCAAUGGGAUGAGCAGAUUGCACAAGCAGCCUGUGCAUACUUCCAGGAAAUGUUUACUGGUCACAAUCGCAGAAUAGAUGAAAGAAUUCUUCAAUAA